AUGGCUACUGCAACUUCUGGACUCCGUUCCCCGGGACACCAUGAUCCCUCCGACAUUGAGAACGGUAGCACCAACAAAGAUCAACGCAGGAAUUCCUCUUUAGGUUUCCUCCGUCGUCCGAAGUCCAUCGAACCACUCGCAAGCAAGAGCAAGAAGAAUUCCAAAUCCCAAGCAAUCGAAGAGGAAUUACGUCGACAGGGAGCAAUGUUGAAGCAACCUCCUCGCCUGCCCGACCUAUCUCCCGCCCCAAUCCUGGAGAGUUUUGGAGGUGAAGAGCGAGGGCACGCCAAUAACACUACCGCUCCUUCGAAUAGCACCCCUUCACCCCAACUACAGCAACCUCCCUCUCGCAACUCGAUGAGUACCGACUACGACCCUUACGCACGCACAGAAAGCAUGACACACCGCGGGCGUUAUAGCUAUGCGAGCAGUGCUGUGAGUACCGUCAACAACCCGCGUAGGCUGCGUCGGCGCAAGGACCCUACUCCGUACAACGUCCUUGUCAUUGGCGCCCGCAAUUCGGGAAAAACCGAGUUUCUGAAUUUUUUGAAAAGUUCUCUGGCCAUGCCAGCUCACAAGCAUCCCUCUCGCCCCGCCGAGGAAAUGGAAUACCAACAUCGACAUGAACCUGCCAACCAGGGCUACACCUCUGAAUACCUCGAAACGGAAAUCGAUGGGGAACGCGUCGGGCUAACCCUGUGGGACUCUCAGGGGUUUGAGAGAAAUAUUGUCGACAUCCAGUUGCGUGGCGUGACCGGCUUUCUGGAAAGUAAAUUUGAAGAGACCCUGAGCGAAGAGAUGAAAGUCGUUCGUUCGCCCGGAGUGCGUGACACCCAUAUUCACUGCACAUUCCUGCUCCUCGACCCUGUGCGCUUGGAUGAGAACAUCGCGGCUGCAAAAAGAGCUGCGCAAGGGACCCCCAAGGCUUCCGACUCGCCAGUCAUUGGUGUUCUAGAUGAGAACCUCGAUAUUCAGGUGCUGCGAACCGUGUUGGGCAAGACCACCGUGGUCCCAGUCAUCAGCAAGGCCGACACGAUUACUACAGCACAUAUGUCGUAUCUGCGAAAGGCGGUUUGGGACAGCUUAAAGAAGGCCAACAUUGACCCUCUCGAGAUCCUCACCCUGGAGGACCAGGAGGAAGAAUACACGUCUUCGGAGAGUGCUGAUGAGGAAGAAGAAGAUACACCUGACAACGCCGGGGACGGCCAGAAAGAGCCCGGCUCACCAUCCACCAAGAGCCAAGGGUCUGGAACGCAAGCUCCCCCUCAGAUUCUGCCCUUCUCCAUCUUGUCCCCUGAUCCCCACUCAUUGGAGGCCGGUGAUGAGCCCGUCGGUCGCAGAUUCCCCUGGGGAUUUGCGGAUCCUUAUGAUGCUGAGCACUGCGAUUUCGUCCGGCUCAAGGAGUCCGUCUUUAGCGACUGGCGUACCGAACUACGCGAGGCCAGUCGGGUAGUCUGGUAUGAGCGAUGGAGGACAAGCCGCUUGAAUUGGAAAACUCCCGUCCCCAGUGCUGGGCCCUCGAAGAAGAUGUAUGCUGGGAGGCUGGGCCCCCUCGACCAGGGGCCUCGAGUACGAUAG